GCUGGCACUCAGAGACGUGUAGACGACGUUUCCUCCAUGUCGAACGCAGACGAGAGUAGAACAAUCGAUGAAGACGACGAGUACCUGUACGGUGAGUCGUACGCGCAGGCCAGCGGCGAUGAAACGCACGGAGAAUCGACUCGGGCUGUAGCUGAAGGUACAAUGGCUGUCGACGGAGAGACGGACGAAGACGACUCGGACAUCGAGUUUAUCAUUGAUACAAAACCAGGCGAACGGGCAGAACCUCCCGGAGCUAGCAGUGCCGGAGCAAGCAAUGUAAAGUUUACACAGAGGCCUGCAGCACCUGAAAAGGCAGGCGUCGAAAUGAAGUCUACAGAGAUAAAAGAAUCCUCAGAAAAUGCCCCGAAAAUUGACAUUGACAAGGUCCCAAUGAUAGACGGAAAAAGUAUUUAUGAUGUUGACCUGGAAAGCUAUGAAGAUAAACCCUGGCGGAAGCCAGGUGCGGACAUUACAGACUACUUCAACUAUGGAUUUGAUGAGUUUACAUGGGCCGCGUACUGCACAAAACAAAGCAAAAUUCGCGAGGAUUACACUCCACAAAAGGUGCUUUCAAGCAUGACUCAAUUGGCUGCACCCACUGACCUCUCUGCUCUACCUCCGGAGGUUCAAGCAAUGAUGGCCGCCGGAGGAUUUCCACCAAUGCCUCCCAUGCCGUCGGGUCCAAACAAUGGACCGGAAGAUAUGGCUACUGCCGCAGCUGCCGUGUACGGUGGACGGCCUGGAAGUGUCCAAGGUGGUGCCAACAAUCAGCAUCACCCCCCUCAACGGCCGCCUUCCAACAUGGGCGGUGGACCCGGUGGUCGAGACGAUAUGCGUGAUGCUCGUGAUCAACGUGACAUGCGCGACAAUCAACGAGACAAUGUCCGCGACAACUCUCGUCGGCGCGGACACUCUCCCGACCGCUCCGAACGGUCGGACCGUUCUGACCGCCCCGACAGAACUGAUCGCUACGGCGGUUAUUCUCGUUCCAACCGAUACCGUCGAAACAGAUACUAAAAAAAUCGAGACCUACCACAGCCAUGUGGUGAUGAUGACAAGGGCAUAUCAUCCUCCAAAAACAAAAGUUCCUUGCUCAAAAUAAUUGCCGGUUUUGCCUGCCAUCACUCCCAGCCUGCUAUUCUACGUGGUCGUUUUUUUUAAAAAAAAAGCAGAUCAUUAACUACGUACAAUGUACAUCACAUAAAAGAGACAUAACAAGGACGGAAUUCGUUAAAGAACGAAAAACUCUUUAACGGCCGUUGACCUCAUCGUCAAUCUCGUCAAGCAUCUCCUUGGAGUGUUGCUUGGUUUGUUGAGAGACGUUAGGGUUCUUGAGAGAAGCCUUGAAGCCACCACGAACGUUACCCAAGUUCUUGCCCUUGGCGUAGUAGUCGUCGACCAAGUCUUCACCUCCGCGAGGAGCAUCGCCCAUAACGUUGUCGUCGCCGAAGUCCUCGUCCUCGAGGUCCUCGUUAUCGCCCAUCUCGGUGGUGCGGAGAGGUCCAUCAGUAGGGUAUCUACUGCGGCCCUUGGACUUGGUUUGGUCGGUCUGGUGGUGAGAGCUCAACCAUUCCUCUUGACGGUGCUUAGACUCCUCAGAGACGUUGGGGUUGUGGAGGGCGGCCUUGUGACCGGCAAUAACGUGGCUAGGAUCAGACAUUUUAAUGUUGUUGAAAUUCGUAAACUUGAAGACUCUUUUUGUAGAUCUCUGUUUUGAAUCAAUCUGGUGAGACAGUGCUUGAAAUUUGUACAGUAUUUAUCCUUUUCGGAAGAUAAAUGACAGCAUGAAACGUCAGAGCUUGCCACUUAGUAAGUCUACGACAAUUCUCUCAUUUCAUUUUCUAUGUUGUUUAUAGACUCAUGACCUGGUCAAGUCUUAACAUAAUCUUAACGUCAAAGUCGAUUGCUCGAGUUUCGGAUCGAAAACACAAAGAAGGAACUUGAAUUGGUAGGUGUGGCUAUGUAUACGUAGAACAAUUUAUUGUAAAUGGAGUGAAUGUCGAACAAGACGAAACGGAGAUGAAAUGAAAUUUAGAGAAGCGGUC